AUGGCCGGAACCACGAAGAAGAAGGCGAUCGAUCUGCGUAUUCCGGCACUCAUUCGGAAUGGUGUUCAAACCAAGCAGCGGAGUUUUCUCAUCGUUGUUGGUGAUCGGGCCAAGAACCAGUUGCCAAAUCUCCAUUAUCUCAUGUUGAGUGCGGACUUGAAGGCGAACAAGCUGGUGUUGUGGGCUUACAAGAAGAAAUUGUUAGGCUUUACGUCUCACAAGCAAAAGCGAGAAAACAAAAUCAAGAAAGAUAUUAAAAGAGGCAUCCGUGAGGCCAAUGAUCAGGACCCUUUUGAAGCGUUUAUUUCCAACCGUCAAAUCCGGUACGUCUACUACAAGGAGACCGAGAAGAUUUUGGGGAACACUUAUGGUAUGUGUAUUCUUCAGGACUUCGAGGGUAUCACUCCCAAUUUACUCGCCAGAACGGUUGAAACUGUCGAAGGUGGUGGGUUAGUGGUCAUUUUGUUGAAAAGCAUGACUUCACUCAAGCAAUUGUAUACCAUGUCUAUGGACAUCCACUCGCGUUACCGGACCGAGGCUCACGAUGAUGUUGUGGCUCGGUUCAACGAACGGUUUUUAUUGUCGUUGGGUGAUUGCAACAACUGUUUAGUUGUUGAUGACGAGUUGAAUGUUUUGCCGAUAUCUGGUGGUAAGCAUGUGAAGGCACUUCCACCUCCCGAUGAAGAUUACCAAACUCCCGAAGCCAAAGAACUUAAAGAGCUUAAGGAGUCGCUUGCUGAUAUCAAACCUGCGGGGUCUCUCGUGGCAUUGUCGAAAACCAUCAAUCAAGCACAAGCAAUUCUUCAAUUCAUUGAUGUCAUUACCGAAAAGUCGCUCAACGCCACCGUGGCUUUAACUGCCGGCAGAGGUCGGGGUAAAUCUGCUGCUCUCGGUAUCGCCAUGGCUGCCGCCAUUUCUCAAGGUUACUCGAAUGUAUUCGUCACCUCGCCGCUGCCGGAAAACUUGAAGACUCUUUUUGAAUUUGUGUUCAAAGGUUUUGAUGCAUUGGGUUAUCAAGAACAUAUUGACUACGAUAUCAUUCAACUGACCAACCCUUCGUUCAACAAGGCUAUUGUGCGGGUGGACAUCAAGCAUGCCGACCACCGUCAAGUGAUCCAAUAUAUUGCCCCUCAAGACUACCAGGUGUUGGGUCAAGCUGAGUUGUUGGUGAUCGAUGAGGCUGCUGCGAUCCCGUUGCCUAUUGUUAAGCGGUUGUUGGGUCCUUACUUGGUGUUUAUGUCAUCUACUAUCAACGGUUACGAAGGGACUGGCCGGUCGUUGUCGCUCAAACUCAUCCAGCAAUUGCGAACUCAAAGCGUGCUGGGGGCCAGCGAGACUGCAGUGGUGUCGCGGGAUCUGAAAGAUAAGCAUGUGGCUCCCGCGCAACAUCGACAAUUGAAGGAGGUUGUUCUUGACGAACCGAUCCGUUAUGCUCCUGGCGACCCCAUGGAAAAAUGGUUGAAUCGGUUGUUGUGCCUUGAUGCCACCCUUGACAAGUUGAAGUUGCCCCGGAUGCCUCACCCCAAUGAAUGUAACUUAUUCUUCGUCAACCGGGACACUUUGUUCAGUUAUCACCCCGUGCUGGAAGUUUUCCUUCAAAAGAUGAUGGCUCUUUACGUGGCUCUGCAUUAUAAGAAUUCUCCCAACGAUUUACAGUUGAUGCUGGAUGCACCUGCUCAUCAAUUGUUUGUGUUGUUACCUCCAAUCGAACCCGGUAACAACCGGAUCCCCGACCCUCUUUGUGUGGUUCAAUUGGCCCUUGAGGGGGAGAUUUCGAAGGAAAGUGUACGUAAAUCGUUGUCUCGUGGUCAACGGGCAGGUGGUGACUUGAUCCCUUGGUUGAUCUCUCAGCAAUUCCAGGACGAGGAGUUUGCGCUGUUGCUGGGUGCUAGAGUGGUUCGUAUUGCCACCAACCCCGAAUACCUGGGUAUGGGGUACGGUUCGAGAGCGUUGGAAUUGUUACAGGAUUACUUUGAAGGCAAGUUCACUGACAUCUCUGAAUCUAGCUCGCUCAAGGAAGCCCAAUUCCCUCGUGUUACUGACGAAGAAAUUGCAUCAGGAAAGUUGUCGGACGAAAUCAAGUUGCGUGACGCCAAGCAAUUACCGCCAUUGUUGAUGAAGUUAAGUGAAAAGCCUCCCUACUACUUGCACUACUUAGGAGUGCUGUACGGGCUUACACCACUGCUUCACAAAUUCUGGAAGAGAGCUGGUUAUGUGCCAGUUUACCUCAGACAAACUGCCAACGAACUCACAGGUGAGCAUACCACUGUUAUGCUCAAGUCCUUGGAAGGACGAGACUCCAAGUGGUUGGGUGAAUUUGCGAGCGACUUUCACCGCCGUUUCCUCCUGUUGUUGCUGUAUGAGUUCCGCAAAUUUACUGCCACUCAAGCUUUAGCCAUCAUUGAGCUGGCUGAAGUAGGGGAAAAGGGGCUUAAGCGUAAGCCUUUGACCAUUCUGGAGUUGAAGGAUUUGUUCACCCCGUAUGAUAUGAAACGUCUUGAGCUGUAUGCCAACAACUUGUUGGAUUACCACGUCAUCGUCGACUUGUUACCGGCUAUUGCUCAUCUUUAUUUCAGUCGUGAGGCUGGCGAACUCAAGUUGCUGCUGGUGCAAGCAGCUAUCCUUUUGGCGAUUGGGUUGCAACGCAAGGAUAUCGAUGCAAUUUCCAAGGAGCUCAACUUGGCAUCGAACCAAGCCAUGGCCAUGUUUGCUAAAAUCAUCCGUAAGUUCCUGAAUGUGUUCCGUGAUUUGCAACUGAAGCAAAUCGCUGAGGAAAUGCCGGAGUUGGAUGAUGAAGUUGUCAAGGAAAUGGAUGGCGAAGCGGAAGAUGUCGACUAUGACGCCAUCGAAGCCAAGUUCAACCAAGAUUUGGAUGAUGCGGGGGAUGAAGCCAUGAAGGAUAUUCGGGAAAAACAGAAAGAAUUGAUCAAUGCCUUGGAUUUAGACAAAUACACCAUAGCCGAUGAUGCCGAGUGGGAUGAGGCCCUGGCCAAGAAGGCUGCCAAAAAGGGGCUGACGGUGGCUGUGAAGAAGGCAACCAAGCGGUCUACCGAACUGGCGACUGACAUCUAUGACCAAGAAAUGAAGCAGGUCAAGAGAGGAAAGAAAAGCAAAAAGUAA